UACAUAUCGUAUAAAAUUCCUACAGUAUGGGCAGUAAAUUAAAAUUUCAAGGCUUUAACUUGAGUAGCUAGUUUCUGUGAGAUUAUUUAAUGAAAGAACCCUAAUCAGCAGAUCGAGAGGCCGUGGCAGAACGUGCGGCUUGGCCCGACGCACUUGUUUCGUUUUAUGACGUCACGCAGACAGCGCGAACUUUCGCGCGCCUUUGCUGCCUUCACCGCUUUCCGGGCAUUUGCGAUCUCGAAAGCAUGCGUAACGUACUUUAACCCGUUACGAUUGCUUCACUGUCCUUGUUUGCUUUUGAAGUUAUAACAGUUGUAAUGGAGUCUGACGAUGUAGAUUUUCACUUUCCUUUCGAGCCGUACCCAGUGCAGCGCGCUUUUAUGAAAGCGUUGUACACAGCGCUCAGCGAAAGCAAAGUCGGCAUUUUCGAGAGCCCAACGGGCACAGGUAAAUCUCUGAGCAUUCUGUGUGGAGCUCUGGCGUGGUUGAGCGACUACAAGAAAUCAAAGAAGGCCUCGUUGGAAACAGAAUUAUCGGAGUUACGAAAGGAGAGUGCCUCAUCGAUUGAUGCCGGGGACGACUGGUUGACAAAAGGUGCACACAAGAUGUUAGUAAAUCAACGACUGCGGGAAGUUGAACGCCAGUAUGACGCACUCAUGGACAAGGAAAAAAAGUUCGAAGACCAUAAAGAGAACGCAAGGAGGCGAUCAGGUACUCGAAAUGCAAAAGCGAAAGGUGUGCCGCAAGGCACUGAUGACAUCACUAAAGAAACCGAAUCUAUUGCUCGACUGCUGGCUGAAAUAAACGACGACCAAGAGGACGUUGUUGACGACUACGACAGUGAUGACGCAGCUCGUGGUGAUGACGGUGACGACUCUUCUGACGCAUUGGCAGGACCGAAAAUAAUUUAUUGCAGCAGAACACAUUCCCAGCUAACACAGUUUGUGAGAGAACUGAAGAAAACUGUGUACAGCGAUAGUGUUCGCACUGUGACACUCGCAUCUCGAGGGAAUCUGUGUGUCAACGACAUGGUGACGAAACUAGGUAACCUGUCGUUAGUAAAUGAUCGCUGUUUGGACAUGCAGAAAGCUUUCUCUAAGCCAAAGGUAGCAGCUUCACCCGAACGCAAGCGAACCAAGGCAAACACAGUGGGCAAAUGCCCCUUUUACAGGCCCCAGGCUAUGGAGUCCCUAGCAAUGGACAUUCUAACUGAAGUACGAGACAUUGAAGAAGUGGUUCAUCAGGCAAGAAAGGAUAAAGCCUGUCCAUACUACUCAUCACGAUAUGCAACACCAGAGGCAGAACUUGUGCUAAUCCCAUACAAUAUACUCUUGCAGAAGACGACAAGGGAAGCAUGCAAGCUUGACAUGAAAGGCAGUAUUGUGAUCAUUGACGAGGCACACAACCUUCUGGAAACUAUCAGCGACUUGCACAGUGUGAAUUUAAAGAUUGCCAACCUCAAGGAUGCCCAAUGCGUGCUGAGUGAAUACUUCAAUCGCUACCAUGCUCGGAUGAACACGAAGAAUGUACUGUACAUUAAGCAGGUGCUCUACAUACUCAAGUGCUUCAUUCGUUACCUAACUGGAGGUGGCAAGGAGUCUGUGCAGAGUGACAUUUCAACCAUGUGUACAGUGACUGCAUUUCUGGUAAACACUGAAGUACACCAGAUUAAUUUGUUCAGGGUAGUGCACUACUUGGAACAAAGUCAAAUUGCCCUCAAGGUCAAUUCCUUUGCAAAAAAAGUCACCGUGGCAGCAGCGAAAAAAUCAGAUAACAUGCAAGCUGUCAAGCUAUCCCACUUCAUUGAUUCCAUGAAAAAAUGCAAUUCAAAACGUUUGGUGCCCAUAAAGGAGGCAUCCUUACAGCAGGCCGAGAACUGUUUUGUUGCAUCUGGAAAUCCUAUGAUAGCCGUGCAGGAAUUUAUUCGUGAACUUGCAUACUCUCGCAGUGAUGGCCAAGUAUUGGUGCACAAGGCUAAAUGCACAGAAAACUCCUUCGUGAAGUACUUGCUGCUCAGCCCUGCCAAUAAUUUCAGAGAUAUUGCAUCCGAAGCACAUUCAAUCAUUUUGGCUGGAGGAACAAUGCAACCCACAAGUGAGUUUGUUGACCAGCUUCUAAUUCCUGCUGGAGUGUCUCCAGAACGCAUCAUGCAUUUCUCGUGUGGCCAUGUUGUUGCCAAAGAAAACCUAUCUGUAAUCGCUUUAGGACAGGGACCCACAGGCAGGGUCUUUGAAUUUACGUACAAGAACAAAAUGGACCCCGAGGUGAUAGACGAACUAGGCAGGGUACUUGUGAAUGUGACAAGGGUCAUCCCAGGUGGCAUUGUGUGUUUUUUUCCAUCAUACGAAUACGAACGUGCAGUCUCUCAAAGGUGGAAAGAAACUGGCGUCUUAGAAAAGUUUUCUAUGAAGAAGCACAUUUUUCACGAACCUUUGAAGUCCUCAGAGCUUGAAAGCACUCUGGAGCGGUACAGCCAAUGUGCCAAAGCUACAUCUGGUUCAGAACCCAUGACAGGAGCAAUCCUCUUCUCAGUAGUAGGCGGAAAAAUGAGUGAAGGCAUAAAUUUUUCUGAUGACAUGGGUCGAUGUGUUGUUAUGAUUGGCCUUCCUUUCCCUAAUGCUAAAGCACCAGAAAUGAUGAGUAAAAUGGAAUUCUUGACUGCUACCUACCCUCGAACAAAUGAUGGGCGCACUGCAGGUCAGGCAUACUAUGAAAGUGUCUGUAUGAAAGCAGUGAACCAGUCAAUUGGCCGAGCUAUUCGUCACAAGGAUGACUAUGCUGUAAUACUGCUGCUUGACCAACGUUACCAGAAACAAAGUGUCAUGAAAGCUUUGCCUGCUUGGAUACAGGACAGCCUCACCAUACCUGCAAAGUUUGGGGCAGCAUUUGCGGCAAUUCAGCAGUUCUUCCGAGGGCGACGGAGUCGGCAGAGCAUUGGCUAAGGUCUCUGCUAAGUUGGGGCCAGGCAGCUUUUAUUGUAGUGCCUGUGCAGUGUUUUGCAGAAUAGAAUGUGUUAUACUUCUCUUGACUGGCCACUUUUUGUCCAGGAACAGUCGUGGCUCCAUUCGUG